AUGGAGCCUUUCCAGAAUUUUGUUAAAGCUCAAUCCUACAUGCUCACUCUUCAUUUUGAUAAUGUAAUUUCUAAUGAAGAAGUUGGUGGGAAAAUAUGGGUCGUGUGGAUGAAUGAUUUAAAUGUACAGAUUAUGCGGAUGACCUCACAGUUUUUGUCUCUAAGGAUAGUUGAGGGUCAAUUUCAAUUUUUGGGUAAUUUUAUUUAUGCAAAGUGUAAUAUGAUGGAUAGGCGGGUUUUAUGGGAGGACUUGAGGUGGAAUAGUAUGAAUGAGGAUCCUUGUUUGUUUGCUGGUGAUUUCAAUAUUAUUCAUACGAAUUUGGAAAGACGGGGUGGUCGUCCUAGGCCAAUAGCGGCGAUGGAUGAUUUUAACCAAUGGAUCCAUGAGGGUGGUUUAAUUGAUUUAAGUGCACAAGGUAGUAAUUUUUCUUGGUGUAAUGGCCAGAGUGGUUUAGCUAGAGCUUGGGCUAAGCUGGAUCAUGUUUUAUUGGAUGCAAAUUUACUGUCUUUGUUCCCUACGGCCUCUUGUUUGUACUUACCAAGGACGAUUUCGGAUCAUUGCCCUAUGCUGGUUGAAUUUCUUAAGGAUCCUUAUUCAUAUGGUCCUCCUCCAUUUCGAUGUCAGCAAAUGUGGGUUGAGCAUCCAGAAUUUAUUGAUUUUGUAAAGCAGGUGUGGUCUGUGCCGGUGGUUGGAACGGGGCUUGUCAUUCUUGCUUGUAAGCUUAAAAAGGUGAAAGUGGCUCUUCGUGAAUGGAAUAAGCGAGUGUUUGGGAGGACCAAUGCCCAUAUUGAAUCUUUGGAAGCGAAGGUUGAGGGUCUGGAAGGGUGUCUGCAAAGAGAGUGGGAUAUUGAUGCCGAGAGGGAGCUUGUGGUGGCUUCGGAUGAAUUGUAUUCUUGGAGACGUAGGGAAGAUAUCAGAUUAGCUCAAAUGGCUAAAAUAAAAUGGAAUAUGGACGAUGAUCGUAAUUCAAAAUUUUUUCAUGUAUGGUUAGCUAAUAAACUACGUAAAAGAAUCAAAGGGAUGAGAACUCCGGAUGGGGUUGAGUUUAAUUCGCCAGAAGAAAUUCAUAAUGGAGCUGUUGCGUAUUUUACGAACUUCCUUAAAAAUACUAACCAGUCACGAGCACUUCCGGAUUUAUCAGAUUUGAUUUUGCCAGUUAUUGAUGUUGAGGAUUGUACAUGUCUUUGUCAUAUCCCUUCAUUGGAUGAAGUAACGGAGGCUCUUUCUUCGAUUCCUAUAAACAGUUCUCCUGGGCCAGAUGGUUUUGGAGCAGCUUCCGAGGUUCUUUUUGGCUUCUUUUAUUGUGCUAAUUCCGAAGACAGAUGUGCCUACUGGUUUUGA